AUGCCGGCUGAUGUCUCCAUGCCGGCACCUGCACAGCAAGGUAUCGAGUCCUACGAGCUUCAUGGCCGGUGCCUAAAGGUGCAGACGGACGAUGGCCUCGGGGUGGCAGGAGUCUUUUGGCCCGCCCAGGAGCCCUGCGCCCGAGUCGCGGCCGAUCUUCUUCAAAGGCUGCGCUGCCAUCAGGCGGUGCCUGCAGAAGGCAUCGAUUUCCUGGAGCUGGGGGCCGGCUGUGGGGCUCUGGCGUGCUCUUUCGCAAAGGAGCCAGCUCUGAAGCGAGUGAUUGCUUCCGACUUGCCUGAUGUCGUUCCGCUCAUGACCGAGAAUUCCAGGCUUAAUGGUGCAGAGAUUGAGUGCGUGCCACUGCCUUUCGGAGAUUUGCCGGCCCUCGAGCAACUGACGCUCGGUCCAGCACGAGUGGUGGUGGCUUGUGAGGUGCUUUACUGGGGAGGCUGGAACAUCUUCGAGGAUGACACGCGGGAGCCUCUGGCCGAGACCUUGGCCGCAGCGCUGGCGGCGCCUUUGGCAGCUGCUGUCCUUGCAGCGGUGAUCCGCGAUCCCCCGCGUGAGAUGCAAGCCCUGGAGAUGCUGAAGGAGAAGGGCGUCCAAAGUUUCCAGCAGAUGCCCGCCUCGGGCGCGCCCAAAGUUGGUGAGCUGGGAAUCUGGCUCCUGCAGAGACAUGGAGCGCAACUACUCGAAGAGUUGGGGCUCCUGGUCCAUUCUCCCUCCUAG